AUUUUUGGUAGUGGAGUAGCUCAAAGCUUGGCUUCAAUGCUUUGUGUUAGUUAAUUUCAUAAUAUAUAAAUAAAUAAAUGAUCCAUGUCUCUUCCUUUAGACUUAAAAUUUUAGGUGAGAUAGUCAUAUUUUCGAGUCGAACACCAUGCUUGUAAUGAAAACAGGGGAUGGCAAGGUAUACUUUGUCUAUUGAAAGCAACCUGUUCAUUGCAAAAGUGUUGUAUGAUUGUGAUUUGAAUUGGUCUUUUAUCUCUAGACACUGUGCCCUUUUCCUUUUUGUGAAUAAAUCAUCGUGCUGUUGCUCACAAAAGUAGAUACUAAAAUAAAAUAUUGAUUCUUGACUUGCUUGAGUUAUUCAGGAAUUAUUUUUUAAUCUCAUAUAUUGCUUCCCAAGCACUAUAUAUAUACACACACACACACACACAAUCUAUUCAGGCAUUGUCAGCAACAGCAGUAUACUGAAGGAUCUCAUUUGGAUUUUCAGUGAUGGCUGGAAGUACUGAAGGGGAUGCUGGUGAGCUGAAAAUUGAUGCGUUUUUGGAGAAAAUGAACGAGCAUGCUGAUCUGGACAAAUGUUUUGAGGCUCUUACUCAGAGCAGCUCUGCUGUUCGUAUCAGCAUUGAUUUGCUGAAUGCGCUUCGUCUGGCAAUGGAAAGUUCUCGUAAAAUGAAGUUGCUGGACUGUGAGGAUGUUGCUGAGAUUGUUGUUGAGGUGAAGAAACAUAGGAAGAAUUGUAGCUACAUUAUCAAGAAUGGAGAUGAGCUUACCUGUAAGGAAUUUGAAGAGAUUGUCAAGAAUGGAGACAAUAUUAACUGUGAGGAAUUCAGAGACAUUGUCAAAAAGCUCGAGGCACGCACUGUAGUGAGCCGGCUGAAAGAAAUCGGCAGUGCUAUUAAGGAAAAAGAAGCUUCUGAGCAUGUUGUCCUGUACGGUCCAUCAGGUGUGGGGAAAACCUGGAUGGCCAAAAAAGUUGCUGAUCAUGCUGUCCGAAGCAACCACUUUGAUUUUGCUGUCUGGAUAUAUCCGGAGAGAAUCUACAGUGGAGGAUUCACUCGUCAUGAAAGCAUUGCUCAUCAGCUGUUUCUGACGUUGGAUUUUCAGAAGGAUGAAGCUGAAGCAGCCAGGCAUGGGAUACAGAAAGAGAAGCAAAAGAAACUUGGGGAGAUGAUUGCUCUUGCAAUUGUGGAUAAGAAGAUUCUGUUGAUAUGUGAGGAGCUUGAAGUCCCCAACAAAUGGGAUUUGAAGAGACUCUUUGACACCGAUGAGGUGAAGCCUGAAAACUUCAUGAUUUUAGUCACUAAAAAGAAUUUGGGUGAGAAUGAAAAAGGAAUCGAGGUGAAGCCAUGGACUUGGGGUGAGGCUCGGGCAGUUGUUGGAGUUGGUCAGGAGUUGAGAAAGAAACAAUUGGCUGAUUUUUUCAUUAGCAAGAGCAGAAGGCUUCCUGCGGAUAUUCUUAUCAUAGCAAAAACCAUGUCCUGUUUAGGGAAAGAUGACUCUGGAUUGCAGAAGAUGGAAUCAAUCAGGCAAAGAACGGAAGGGGAAGAAGACAACAACAAGAUUACUCAGAUGCUUAUCACUGCAAGUGAUCUGAUCCCCAAAAGCAUUCUGAUCGACUGUUACAGUUCCAUAACUAGUGAUGCGGAAGACAAGCACUUCUUGAACAAAGGCAAACGCGGCAUGGUGAAUCUCAAUGAACUGAUAAGCUACUGGAUAGUGGAGGGACACUUGGGCCAGUUUGAUUGCAUUCAGGAUGCAUAUGAUAAGGGGUACCAGGUGGUAAUGGAUCUUUUAGAUUGUGGGCUCUUGAGAAAGCUGGAAAACAGCUAUGUCAUGUCAAGUGGGCGGAUGUUCAGCUAUGACACUCUCGACUAUUACAAUUUUUUCGGAGAGGUUCGUCUGGGAAUGGGGAACACAUUUGACUGUAAGCUGGGGAAGAUCGCGUUGGCAGAUGGAAUAAUGAGAACAGUGGCUGGUAGGCAGGAAGAGGAGAAAGUGCAGGCAGGGGAGAAGAAGUUUGCAGGGGAGGAAAUGGUGACACUGAUGCUGGAUGGAAGAUAUUUUGAGCUUCCAGGAAACAGUUUAUUCGAUAAGCCUGGUAGUGAACUUGGUUACCUGAUGCCCCAGCUUGAGGUUCUCGUUGUCUUCAAUCCCACCAAUAAGCCAUUUCCACUUCCCAUCCAGAAAUUGAAAGAGCUUCGACUGCUGGUUCUCCGAGGCUGCAAGUAUUUGAAGAAUUUCGAUGAGAUCUUUUCCGGACCGUUCCCAAAUACUGCUGGGAAAUCCAAAACAGAUAAUCAUUCUCUCAGUAGAUCUCAAUCUUCGCCUGCCCUUCUCCAUUCACCUAUGACUCUCAAAGUCCUCGAGAUAUCCGGACCUAGUCCCCUGAAUAUGUUUCCUGAAUCUUUCUUCAGUAGCUUGCCUGAACUGAGAAGUGUCAACCUUUCAUAUCUCAGUAUGACUUCCUUGCCUAACUCAUUUUACAAGCUUAAGAAAGUAGAAUACCUCAUCCUUAAGGGUACCAAAUUGGUAGUUCUAGAAGGUUUGGAAAAGUUUACAGAACUUCAGUUGCUAGAUGUGUCUGAUUCAGAAGCUCUAUAUAGAUUUAAGCAGAAGAGCUUUCGGCCAAAUCCGAAGCUUGAGGUCAUUAACUUUUCCAAUACUAUGAUAGAUAGAAUUCCCUUGAUCCGCUCUCUUAAAAACCUGAGAACUCUCACACUAAGCCGUUGUAAGGACUUGCGUGGAAUACGCAAGAUUGAUGGGCUAAACAAACUCCAGAUUCUCAACAUUUCAGGUGCCAAAAUGGUUGAUGAGUUGCUCGAUCCAAUCAUCAAUCAGCUUUAUGGUAUUGAGCUUUUUGAUGUUUCGGGAACAUCAAUCAGUCGGUUACCAGGCCGUAUUGGGAAUCCUCGUUUUCUUCAUAUGAGGGAUUGCUCAAAUCUCUGUUACCUCCUGCCUAUAGCAUCCUUGUCCAAGAUUGAAGUCUUUGAUGUCUCAGGUUCUUGCAACCUGGGAGAGAUAAGAGAUGAGUUCCUGAAAGAAAUGACUUCCCUCAGAGUGCUGAACCUGUCGAAAACAGGCAUUGAGCGUCUUCCAUCCCUCUCUUCUCCUCUUAGUCUCCAUCGUUUAUGGCUGUCACAUUGUCGAUCCCUGACGAAUCUUGACAGCUUGAGAUCUAUGGAAGAACUGGAAGAGCUUGACAUUUCAGAUUGUUGGUCUUUGGAUCAACUGCCAUCGCUGGAAAAGCUCCGGAAACUUAAAAAAUUCUAUGUGAUGGACUGUCCAAAUUUAACUGCUCUGCCAGAUGAUAUUAAAGUUCUUGAAAUUCUGGAUCAUUCUGGAACUACUUUAAGAGCUCCACCUUCUUGUUGCAGUGCUGUUGUAAAAGGACCAAUUGCUUCAACAUUGGAUGGUUUAGAUCCACAACUGCUGCUUCGGAAAUUGGGAGCAACUGAUUACGUGCAAUCGAUUUCUCGGCCAUAUGAGCAACUGAAAGCAGAUGUUCAGAAUCAGUGCAACUGGCAGAUCUCUGGUUGGAAAGUCCAACAGAAUGCUAGUCCGGAGAUGCUGAUCUAUUCACCCGGCGUUCAUUUCCUUCAACUCUUGGAGAUGAAUCAGCCGUUGAAGGAAAGCCUCAGCAAAUUCCAUAUCCUGCUAGUCCCCACUGAUGUACGAAUAGAACUGCCGCAACCAUCUUCCUAUAAAGAUGAGCUCAGAUUAAGAGACUUCCAUUUCAGACACUUGUUGUCAACAGACACGCUGCAAGGAUGCCUGGAAAUUCGUGGAUUCAUCCGCGCCCCCGAAUGUGCUCAACCAGUGCUGGAAAGAGCUGAGUCUAUUGUGCUGAUUGAUAAUCCCUUUUUGAGUUGCUUGUCUGAUACUGACCACAACAGUUUGGAGUGCCUUAGGGCUAUGAAGGUAUGCUGGAUCGAGAGGUGCAAUGAAAUGAAGCAUCUCAUCGAGGGGAGCAUUCCGGCUGACAGCCUCCAGAACCUACAGUUUUUAUGGUUUUCACAUUUGAUGAACAUGACCAAAGUAUCCAGCGACCACAGUCAGGGAUUCAGCUUUAAAAGCCUGGAAGGAAUGUACCUGGAAUUCUGUCCAAACCUCUCAUCCAUUUGCUCGUCAUUUUCACAGUUUAAAGUCCUAAAAACUCUUCACAUCAGAUACUGUAAGAAUCUGAAGACCCUUUCAGAAGAGACAUCACCUGAACUGGUAAGUUUAACUGAACUUCAUCUUUGGGGACUGCCAAACUUAGAGGGAAUUAGUUUAAAGUCGCCAUGUUUGAAAAUAUUGAGAGUCGGGGAUUGCUGUUUGCUAGAGCAUGUUCUGUCUUCAGUCAAACGCAGCUAUGAACAUCUGGAAAUUCUUCAAAUCAAGUCAUGUGAUAAUUUGAAGACAAUUUGUGAAUCUCCUGAUGAACCCAUUUCGCCAAAGCUCCGUGAAUUGGAGCUGUGGGCGCUACCGAAGCUACAAACAGUUGCAAGGUCAAUACCAAGCCUGGAAACUCUCAGAGUUGGAGAGUGCCACUCCCUGGAAACUCUUGUGGAUCGUCCUGGAAAUCUAAAGAACCUGGAAAUCAAAUCUUGCAACAAAUUGAGGACAAUUUUCCAACAUGAUCUACCAGAGGAGUUUGAUGUCAAAAUGGAAUUAUUAUGUUUACCAGAGCUGAAGAGCAUUGGAGCCAACCGAUCUCCUUUCAAAGCAACGGAUAAGAUUUGGGGUUGUCCUAAGCUGAAGCUGGAUGAUGCACAAGGAAAUGAUGGAAGAAAUCCAUGAUGAUCGAUGUGAGGUCAGUAAUAAGUUCUUGCAGUGGUUAUGAUUUUAUGUUGUUAAAACUUCCAUAGGGUUAAUUGCUAAUUUGCUUUUCUUUUUUGUGCCUGCAAGGAACCAUUAGAGAUAUACAUUGUUGCUGUAGGAUGUAUUGAAUCAAUCUUCUUUAGGAUUUAAAUGGAAACCGAUUUCUGCCAUUUUUAGACAUCUUCAUGUUGCUGUAAGAAGUGGUUUGUUUAUGUUAGAACUUGUGUAGUUAAUGAACAACUGAUUGAAGAUUAGCUUGUGUUUCUUUUGUGUGAGUUUGGGAAA